AUGAUCCUAGAAACCGCACUUUUGUCAGGUGAUGAUCGUGGUAUUGAAGUUUUUGAGGGUGGAAAAGUGUCAGAACCUGGAAAUGCGGACAACAUUGUCCUUCUAAGUGGAGCUCCAGCUAAGCAAUUCCAAGAUUUUCCUUUGACACUGAAUCAUUUGAAGAGCGAAAUUGCAACAUAUGUUCCGUCUAGACCAGUGCUCCAUGAUGUGCUCUCAUUUGGGGACGACAGCGAAGAUUUUCUCUUGCUGGACAUCAGUGAGUCUGUCGAAGAUUCUCUCGUGCAUACCAGUCCCGGUGAGUCCGUGAAGGGAACCGUUACGGAAGGACCGGUGAGUUCCAAUCGUGAUGAAAUUGAAGAUUUGAUCAUAGUUGAUGACGUGGAGCUGGUGUCAGUAAUUCCCACUACAGACCAUCAACCUGCACCAGUGAACCUUGAGUCUCCGAGACCCUUGAAGACGUUUCUAACAACAAAAGCUGAAUCGGUCACCACCAAAUCAGUUUCAACGGGGCCCACAACAAAAAUAGAAGAGCUGCCGGCAACUCAAAGCGCGUCGAGUUUCUUCUGUGGUAGCCUCGAUGGUUUCCGAGGUACCACCAUCUUCACCGAUGGAUCUCCAAUUGCGACUGCUGCUUAA